AUGUGUUUUUGUAAGCAUGACAUUGUUACAGUUUCCUUUGAAAGUGUUCCAUUGUUGUGGUAUGUUUGCAGCGAGCCCAAGGCUGCCAAGCUCAGCCUGUUCAACAGGAAUAAUGCCCUGAACGCCUGUAUGAAGACAGAGGAGAAGAAAGAGAAGGAGAUCCAGUAUGAGGAUUCCCCGGAUGGUGGCUGGGGCUGGAUGGUCGUACUUCACUGCUUCCUGGUACAGCUUCUUCUUUCCUCCUCUUUGAGUUUUUGGAGGUUCACCAAAUGUUUAUCUAUUGGACAUUUUUCUAGAAUUGUUUGAUAUAAUUGUUCAUAUGUUAUACAAUAAUCUCAGGGUUUGGGUCAAUUCCAUUUAGAUUCCAAUAAAUUCGUAAAAGUAAACCGAAUUCCAAUUCCAGCAUUGAAGAGAAUUGGAAUUGCAGUGUACUUCCUGAAUUGACUGGAAUAGAAAGACAAUUGACCCUGACCCCAACCCUGCAUUUCGUAGUGUGGCAGAUCAUGUGCUCACAUGUUGGUUUGUCUGUGUGUGCGUCUGCCUGCCUGCGUCCCUCUGUCUGUCUCUGCAUCCAGGUGAACAUGCUGGUGAUGGGGACCCUGAAGAGCUUUGGGAUCUUCUUCGUGGCAUUCCAGGAUGAGUUCGGAGAGUCGGCAGAGCGUAUCAGCUGGAUCGGCUCUAUCAUGUCUUGCCUGCGGCUCUCUGGAGGUCAGAGUUCACGUGACAUGAAAACACUCAGACUACUACUGUGUGUGUGUGCAGUGUGGUUGUGUGAGGUCAGAGUUCACAUAAAAAGUCUGACCACAUCACUCGUCCCUCUGGGUCUGGGGGGGUCUGGCUCUUGUGUUGCAUCACUGACAACAUCUGACGCCUGUCUGUCUUACUAAGAACUUAGUGAUUGGAUGGAUGAAUGAACGAAUUAUGGGACACAUUUUCACGUUUGUCUUUUUGUUCCUGUGUUAGGUCCCCUGGCCGCUGUAGCGUGUGCGAAGCUGGGUUACAGAUUGACCUCUAUAGCUGGGGCUGUGCUGGUCAGUGUUGGCUUCCUCAUGAGUAUCUUUGCCACCAGCGUGGUGUUCCUCUACAUCAGCAUGGGGCUGAUUGUGGGUAAGUCUUCAGAGUUAAAAGAGGUUAAAAGAGGUUAAAGUGCUACCAGUGCUACAGAGUAGAGUAGGCCUGAGUCCAAUAUAUGUGUAAAAUACUUGAAAGGACUUGUCUUUAGGUAUCUGAUAUACUUGAACUGUGUUUUUAAUGAAGAAAUCUGAAUCUAUGUCUGAAUCUGUGAUGAUCACAAUGUAUUUGAUCAUAAAUACACUGCAUGACCAAAAGUAUGUGGACACCUGCUCGUCAAAAAUCUCAUUCCAAAAUCAUGGGCAUUAAUAUGGAGUUGGUCCCCCCCUUUGCUGCUAUAACAGCCUCCACUCUUCUGGGAAGGCUUUCCACUAGAUGUUGGAACAUUGCUGUGGGGACUCGCUUCCAUUCAGCCACAAGAGCAUUAGUGAGGUCGGCACUGAUGUUGGGCGAUUAGUCCUGGCUCAGUCAGCGUUCCAAUUCAUCUCAAAGGUGUUCGAUGGGGUUGAGGUCAGGGCUCUGUGCAGGCCAGUCAAGUUCUUCCACACCGAUCUCGACAAACCAUUUCUGUAUGGAGCUCGCUUUGUGCACGGGGGCAUUGUCAUGCUGAAACAGGAAAGGGCCUUUCCCCAAACUGUUGCCACAAAGUUGGAAGCACAGAAUCGUCUAGAAUAUCAUUGUAUGCUGUAGCGUUAAGAUUUCCCUUCACUGGGACUAAGGGUCCUAGCCCGAACCAUGAAAAACAGCCCCAAACCAUUAUUCCUCCUCCACCAAAAUGUACAGUUGGCACUAUGCAUUCGGGCAGGUAGCGUUCUCCUGGCAUCUGCCAAACCCAGAUUUGUCCAUCAGACUGCCAGAUGGUGAAGCGUGAUUCAUCACUCCAGAGAACGCGUUCCCACUGCUCCAGAGUCCAAUGGAGGCGAGCUUUACACCACUUCAGCCAACGCUUGGCAUUGCGCAUGGUGAUCUUAGGCUUGUGCGCGGCUGCUCGGCCUUCAAAACCCAUUUCAUGAAGCUCCUGACGAACAGUUAUUGUGCUGACGUUGCUUCCAGAGGCAGUUUGGAACUCAGUAGUGAGUGUUGCAACCGAGGACAGACGAUUUUUACUCACUACGCGCUACAGCACUCGGAAGUCCGGUUCUGUGAGCUUGUGUGGCCUACCAUUUCAUGGCUGAGCCGUUGUUGCUCUUUCCACUUCACAAUAACAGCACUUACCGUUGACCGGGGCAGCUCUAGCGGGGCAGAAAUUUAACUAACUGACUUGUUGGAAAGGUGGCAUCCUAUGAUGGUGCCACGUUGAAAGUCACUGAGCUCUUCAGUAAAGCCAUUCUACUGCCAAUGUUUGUCUAUGGAUAUUGCAUGGCUGUGUGCUCAGUGGUAUACACCUGUCAGCAACGGGUGUGGCUGAAAUAGCCGAAUCCACUAAUUUGAAGGCGUGUCCACAUACUUUUGUAUAUAUAGUGUAUAUAUAGUGUCUAUAUAUAGUGUAUAUAUAGUGUGUGUAUAUAUAUAUAUAUAUAUAUAUAUAUAUAUAUAUAGUGUAUAUAUAGUGUGUGUAUAUAUAUAUAUAUAUAUAUAUAGUGUAUAUAUAGUGUGUGUAUAUAUAUAGUGUUUAUAUAGUGUAUAUAUUGCAAAAAUCUCUGAAGCUGCAGACUCUUAUCUCCCUCACUAACUUUAAGCGUCAGUUGUCAGAGCAGCUUAGCGAUCACUGCACCUGUACACAGCCCAUCUGUAAUUAGCCCACCCAACUACCUCAUCCCCAUAUUGUUAUUUAUUUUUGCUCUUUUGCACCCCAGUAUCUCUAUUUGCACAUCAUCUCUUGCACAUCUAUCAUUCCAGUGUUAAUACUAAAUUGUAAUUAUUUUGCACUAUGGCCUAUUUAUUGCCUUACCUCCAUAACUUGCUACAUUUGCACACACUGUAUAUAUAUUUUCUGUUGUAUUUUUGACUUUAUGUUUUGUUUUACCCCAUAUGUAACUCUGUGUUGUUGUUUUUAUCGCACUGCUUUGCUUUAUCUUGGCCAGGUCGCAGUUGUAAAUGAGAACUUGUUCUCAACUGGCUUACCUGGUUAAAUAAAGAUAUAAAUAUAUAAAUAUAUAAAUAUAUAUAUAUAUAUAUAUAUAUAUAUAUAUAUAUAUAUAUAUAUAGUGUAUAUAUAGUGUAUAUAUAGUGUAUUUCCUGUAUCCCCUCUCAGGUCUUGGUUUUGCGCUCCUGUACCAAGCCACCUCUGUUGUCACGGCAACAUAUUUCCGUAAGAGGUUAGGGAUGGCAUACUCCAUCGGGCGGUCUGGGAUGGGCUUGACCUUCGCCCUCGCCCCCUUCACUCAGCUGCUGCUGGAGCAGUACGCAUGGCAAGGUACUGACACACACACACACACACACACACACACACACACACACACACACUACAUCUGUUGGGAUGUGGAAAUUAUUUAAUGAUUCAUAAUUUCAUUAUGGGAAUAUCAUAAUGCUAUUCUAGAAUGACCCGUAACACCCCUAUGCUCCUCCCAUAGGAGCUCUGCUGAUCCUGGGAGGCCUGAUGUUAAACCUGGUGGCCUCUGGGAUGCUGCUAAGACCCAUCCACGUGAAGCCUGCACCACCCCCUUCCUCAUCUUCAUCCAUCCAAAAAAGCCCUCUGAUAGGUCCAGAGAAGAGCAAGGACCGCCCUCAGAAUGGAUGCUGCUUUAACGGAUCCACACCGUUAACCAAUGGCAUCGCCAAAUCAGACUCUUCUCCUUCCACUCCACCACCCCUGCACUGGGACACUGAGACCCCAGAGAAGGUCUCCACACCUGGGCUUGGUCAGAGCAACUACAGCCCCCCACCACCAAACCCUGAACUGACAAAGCUGGUCCAAAACGGGCAUGUUCAGGAGGCAUCCCCCACCACGACCACCAUAGACAGCCCCAGCCCCAUGGAACAGAAUGGUACCAUUAGCCUAAACGGUCCCGCUGUGUUUGGGUUCUCCUCGCCGAACGGCACCACCACCACCACCGUGGACGACCCCAUCCCACCGACCGUGAACAAGAACAGAGUCCUGGACUUCUCCCUGUUGAAGAACCCCUUCUUCUGCAUCUACACCUGGUCCGUGGUGUUCAGCCAGCUAGCAUACUUUAUCCCCUACUUCCACCUGUCUGCCCGGGCCAGGAACCUGGGCAUCGGGGCCAUGGACGCUUCCUUCAUCAUCUCUGUGGCAGGUGAGUCUCAGACAGUCGAAACAUGA